GAUAAUUUAGUGCUAAUGUCAUUCGAUUUUAACGAGGCACCGAUACUGCCUUCACAAGAAGACUAUGAUACGGGGGGAGGUGGUGGAUCUUCAGAUAAGUUUCAGAAUGGUGAUACCAUUAGGGCGAUUGCUGGUUUCUUUGCUAUUACGGCUACUUUUUUGUCAGUUAUUUCUGUAUGGUCUCACCUCAAACAUUACAAAAAGCCGUUAUUACAGCGAUAUGUGGUGCGGAUUAUAUUAAUGGUGCCAAUUUAUGCUAUUUCUUCUUGGAUUAGCUUGACCUCAACAAAUGCUGCCUUCUAUGUUGACUGCAUAAGGGAUAUGUAUGAAGCAUUUGUGAUCUAUUGCUUUUUUAAUAUUUUAGUAAAUUACAUUGGCGGAGAAAGAGCUCUCCUGACCUUACUUCAUGGUCGUCCACCAACUUCACAUCUUUUUCCUGUCAAUCUAUUUGUCAAAGAAAUGGAUGUUGGUGAUCCUUACACGUUCCUCUUUUUGAAACGUGGUAUUCUUCAAUAUGUAUAUUUAAAACCGGUGUUGGCUACUAUUACUAUGAUUCUAAAGUGGUCAAAUGCGUACGACGAAGGCUAUAUUGCACUCGCAAAUGAUGAUCUAAAACCAUAUCGACCUAUACCGAAAUUCCUUUGCGUAAAAGCCGUGAUCUUCUUUUCUUUUUGGCAAGGGUUUGCACUUUCAAUAUUUGUGUAUCUUGGAAUUAUUCGUGACACCGAAGUGAAUUCAGCGCAGAACAUCUCAGUUUCAAUUCAAGAUUUUCUAAUAACUUUUGAAAUGUUGCUUGCUGCAAUCGCACAUUGGUACGCUUUUUCAUACAAGGACUAUAUCGAUCCUAGUCUCCGAUCAGGCCGUAUGCCCAUUAAAUAUGCUUUCAAAGAUUGUAUGGGAUUCAGAGAUAUAAUAGAGGAUACGUUAGAAACGAUCGGAGGUUCACGAUUUAACUAUAGAACUUUUGAACCAGCUGAAGGCAUGGCACAUAUUGGCCCGAGCAGAACAGCAAGGAUAAUGGCUGGCUUACGAAUUACUGGUGGUGGCACUGGUAAAUAUUGGCUUCCUGUUCCAAAUUCUCGUACACCUUUACUUUCUGGGCAAAUGGAUGAUGAUAGAGACAGUUUAAAUUUUCAUGAUCCUGAUCCGAAUGAUGAAGUGGAAUACAUGUAUUCCUAUAGUAGGAAAUUGGGUGAACAUGGGGACUAUAACUUCCCUGUAAUUGAUUCCGACCGAUAUAAAUACCAGAGACCACCACCUCCAAAACCACAAAGAAAAAGAACUAUGUCCAAAAGAAGAUCAAAAUUAAAAGGGAAGGGAAUAGCAAAAAACUUUUACUUUGAAAUUGGAGAUGAUGAUGAUAAUACUGAAUCUGAAAGUAAAGAACAUUCCAGCAGUUCUAGUAUUCCACCGUUACGUGAUGGUUGUGUGGAUCUUGUUAGAGAAGAUGGAAAAAGGUUGGAAAUCUAUACUGAUCCUAUUGAAACUUUGUCUCAUGAUCCACCUUUAUCAUCAUUAACGCAAUCAUACGAGUCCAUAUUGGCAAGAGACCCGUUUAUUCAAGAACCGAUAGCAUCUAUGGAUGUGCCUCACCCAUUGCCGAUAAGUGCAGUUAAUCCAGUUAAUCCAGUUCAUCCACUAGAGAUGCCGAAUGCCUGGCUAACCUCGACUGAUGAUUGA